AUGACCCUGGACGAAAUCCGCGCCUAUACCGGCAAAGAAAUCGGUGUGUCUGAAUGGUUUACCCUGGACCAGGACAAAAUCAAUGGCUUUGCGGAUCUCACCGAAGACCACAUGUUUCUGCAUGUGAAUCCGGAAGCCGCAAAAGCGACACCCUUUGGUGGGACUAUUGCCCACGGCCUGCUGACCUUAUCCAUGAUGCCGGUGAUGGCGUAUCAGGCUGUACCCGGUGUGGAAGGCACCAAGAUGGGCGUGAACUACGGCUACGAUAAAGUGCGCUUCAUGGCACCGGUGAAAAGCGGCAAACGCAUCCGCGACCACUUCACGGUUAAGAGCGUGGACGACAAAGGCGACGGACGUUUUGCGCUGAAUCAGGAUGUCACCAUCGAAAUUGAAGGCGAAGACAAGCCUGCGCUGGCGGCAGAAUGGAUCACCAUGGUCUGGAUGUAA